AUGUCCGACGAGGAGGAACAGUAUUCGGGAGAGGAGGAGGAACAGGAACAGGAGGAGGAGCAGAUCGAAGAAGAGGCUGCCGAAGAGGAGAGCAAGGCAGAAGAACCCGAACCUGCACCGCCAGAGCAGCCUGAACCAGAAAAACCAAAAGCUCGCCCACCUCAACAGGAAGAAAAGCCGCCUGCAGAAAUGACUGAAGCUGAAGCUGCAAUGAUGGCUGCUAAGAAGAGACAUGAAGAAGAAGAGGCGGCAAAACUGCUUGACUAUGAGCAAAGAAGACAACUUGAGAAGGAGCGCAUCGAAGCGGAGCUUAGGGAGCUCAAAGAGAAGCAGGAGAAGAGGCGCGCUGAGAGAGAGGCCGAAGAGAAAGAAUUUGCCGAGAGACGAAAGCAGGAUGAGGAACGACGCCGUAAAGAAGAAGAAGAACGAAAGAGCAAAGCUGAUGCCGAAAAAGCACGCAAAAACGAAGAGAAAUCUCGUCGUCAACAAAUGAUGGCAGGGUCCUUCGCCGGCCAUGCUGCUGGAGGAGAAGGACGCAACUUUAAGAUUAACUCCAAAGGAGAACAAGCCGCUCAAUUCGGAAACUUGGCCCAGGGAGCAAAACAGGAUGGGCAAUCAAAAGAACAACAAGAGGAAGCGAAGGCAUCGUUCUUGGCCGCUGUUUGUCGUUCUGUGGAUAUCUCUGGCCUACUUCCCAAUGAUCUAAAAGAGAGGAUCAAAACACUCCAUAAUCGAAUUUGCAAGCUCGAAGCUGACAAAUACGACCUUGAAAAACGCCAUGAACGCCAGGAAUAUGACAUGAAAGAACUGCACGAGCGCCAACGCCAGGUGGCAAGAAAUAAAGCACUCAAAAAAGGUCUUGAUCCCGAAGAAGCGGCAUCAUCCCUUCAUCCUCCAAAGAUCACCACAGCAUCCAAAUUUGACAGGCAGAUCGAUAGAAGAUCAUAUGGAGAUCGCCGAGAUUUGUUUGAGAAACCAGUCGUAAAGAAGCCACCCAGCAUUGCUAGAGGAACAGCACGUCCGCCACCAGACUGGGGAAGAAAAGAGAACGAAGAGCUAGAGCAGUUGAGAAAGAAUCUUGAGCCGCCGAAGUAUGUUGAACAAGUGAAAGCAGAAGGAGAUGCUGCUCGUCCUCCGGUACAAGCUAUUCCUCUUCAACUUCCUGACAAAGAGUUUGAAGAUGAACCAGAAGGUGGAACUGAGAAUGCCGCUGAAGGCGAACCUCCUGCCGAAGCUCCUGCCGAAGCUCCCGCUGAAGAAGUAAAGGGUGGAAAGGGAGUAAAGGCUAAAGCUUAA